AUAUAAUAUAUAUAUAUAUAAUAUAUAUGUAUAUGUGUAUAAUAUUCUUGAAAGAUCAACCAUGCCAAGCUGCACACUAGCCUCCACCUGGUGCGCGUACCUGUGCCUGCUGCUCGCGCUCCUCCUGCUCCCCGCGAGGUCCGCCGCCGCGCUCAGGGAGGACAUCGACGUGCUCGUCGUCCUGCCCUCCAACAACUCGUACCUGUUCUCGAUCGCGCGGGUGGAGCCCGCCAUCGAGUACGCGCUGAGGAGGCUGCGCUCGGACCCGGGACCGUACGCGGGCUUCGCCUUCAACGUGCGCUACGAGAACUCGGGCUGCGGCAACGAGGCGCUCUUCAGCGUGGUGGACCGCUCGUGCGGCGCCAAGCCCGACCUCAUCCUCGGACCCGUGUGCGAGUACGCGGCCGCGCAGGUGGUGCGCCUCGCCUCGCACUGGGACAUCCCCGUGCUGUCGGCAGGUGCGCUCGCCUCGGGCUUCAGCGACAAGCACCGCGAGUACUCGCACCUGACGCGCGUGGCGCCCUCCUACCUGAAGAUGGCCGAGACCUUCUCCGAGAUGUUCAAGCGCUUCGGCUGGAAGGACGCGCUGCUCGUCUUCGACGACGACAAGGAGGAGCGCAACUGCUACUUCGCGCUCGAGGGGGUCCACGGGGUCCUGCUCGCGCACGACAAGAUCGACGUGCUGGACCUGCACUCGAGAGCGUACCGGGUGGACGCCGAGGAGGUCAUCAAGCACUUUUACGACAGCGAAGUCAUUAUAAUGUGCGCCGGCGCCGACAUCAUCCGAGACAUCAUGCUGGCCGCCCAUCGACGAAGGCUAACCAACGGCAGUAAAAUCUUCUUCAAUAUCGAGCUCUUCAAUUCAUCCUCCUACGGGAACGGGUCAUGGUGGAGAGGAGACAAGUAUGACGCGGAAGCGAAGCUGGCCUACGCCGCCCUCAACACAGUCACCCUGCUGAGGUCCGUCAAGGCCGAGUUUGAGAACUUCUCGAUCGAGGUGAAGAAGUCGACCCAGAAAGCCGGCAUCUAUAAUCACGAUGACGGCGAAAACGUCAACAUGUUCGUGGAGGGGUUUCACGACGCCUUGCUUCUGUAUGCCCUGGCCCUUCACGAAGUGAUGAAAAAUGGGUUCAGCAAGAAGGACGGAGCACAAAUCACGCAUCGAAUGUGGAACAGGACUUUUGAAGGAAUCGCCGGCCAGGUGUCCAUAGACUCCAACGGGGACAGAAACGGGGAUUUCUCUGUGAUGGCCAUGACGGACCAAGAGGCCGGCACUUUUGAAGUGGUUAUGAACUACUUUGGAGUCAACAGGACAAUUCAGAUGCUGCCAGGGUUCAACAGAGAGCGCUUCACCUUGAAGGACAGACACCGAAACACUUUUCCGGAGCACCCCAACCAAUCAUCAGGUGGACUAGGUGUAUCAGCGGUCACGGGGAUCAUCGUUGGGGCACUUUUGGGAACUGCGUUACUAAUGGCGUUCUACUUUUUCAGAAAGAACUACAGGAUAACCAUCGAGCGCCGCAUCCCACGAGAAGACUGCAACAUCGGGAAGCACCGUCAGCUGCGCGAGGACUCCAUCAGAUCGAACUUCUCGGCGGCGUAGAUCUCAGUGCCGCUCACGGGGGAACUGUCGCAGAAUGUGACCAAAGACUCUCAAGCCGGUCAAUGGACAACCGCUAUUUAAAGACAUACUGUAGUGUUGUUUUUUUUCUUUUUUUUUUUAGUAAAAAUCUAUUUGUUUGACUUUCAUAAACUCAGGAAAGUUGUAUCAAUCACGGAGUGCCACUCGCACGGCAUUACAUCUAUGUAGAAAACGAAAACGGCAUGUGUUUGUAUUCUGUAGAGGUUUUGAGCCUUCAGAAGGCCAGUAUUUAAAUUAGGGCCAGAUAUGGCUUCCUAAUCACGCAUAAACACAAUUUUUCUGAAAAAGGCGCCGCAUUUACAACACACAAUAUAAAAUAAAUGCAUGCAACACUCACUGAGCUAGCGCAGAUGAUUGGAUGAUCCCCUGUUUUACACCAAAGGCUUCUCGUCUCUGGAUAUUUUGAACGUUACGAUGCGAGAAGUAUACACGGAGGACGACACUUGACCGUAGAACGGUCCGACUGUCCACCCUGGAAGAAUUUUAAUGGACGCCAAGUAAAAAGGUGGCUGGAAGGGAAAUGAGUGCAUUUUCCCCAUUUUGUUGCAAUACGGUGUUGCACAAUUUUGAGUUAUAACAUUGCUGUAUUUAGGAUGUGCAGCUGUACCACGGUAAAGUCAUAGUGUAAUGAGAUUUGAUGCAAAUGGUGUUUUCUGGGCAGUCUUAGAUUUCUCUGAAACUGAAAUGAGAAUAAAGAACUUGGAUUGUCCCAUGCACAUGUUGCAUAAUUUCGCUGGCAAAAAAGCCAGUAUUUCAAGUGAAAAAAGUUGAUGAAGUGGCACAUAAACUAAGCGUGUCUGGGUUCAAGAAAAAGCUUUUUCUUAUUCCUCUCAGACAUGCAUUGUAACUCUUCCAAAAUAAUUUUAACCUUUCGCUACAGGUUAUGCUCAGUAUUAUACAUGACUGAUGAGCCUAAAAUAUAUGUCACCUUAUCUUUUUUCAAGCAUAAUAUUAUAUUGAGCGCACCAAGGAUGCAAAUUGUCUUUUUUUUUUUUUUUUAAAUUUGAAAAACAGUGCAUCAGUUAAAACGGCGUUCCUGUAAUGUAUUACGUUUCUUGUAGCGUUUUUUUGUACAUCCGUGACCUUUUAAAAGCAGUGCAACUCUGUUUUUCACAGGGAUUUAUGUUAGUGCAUUCCUAGUGUUCUUCACCAGACAUCAGUCAUAUUGCAAAAAU